AAUUCCACUAGUAGUUUCCUUAAGCAGGCAGAGACUGAGAUCUCUCCUAUUUCUUCAUCAAUGGCGUUUUUCUCCUCCUCUUCUUCAUCGUCUCCGGCGAUGCAAAAAGGUAUCUUUGUGUCCAUGCCGGUACUCGUACUCACCGUUUCGUUUGCAGCUGCUGUCAUCUUCCUCCUCUCGUCUUCUUUAUCGUCUUGCUCCUGUCCUGAAUCUUUAUCUUCUUCCCGGAACGACGCUGUUGAAGCUUCUGUCGGUGGAAGCGGCGGUGAUUUGAGAUUUGAGGAGAGGAUAUCUCCGACGCAUGAGGAUAUUGAGUGGGUUAGAGAUCUGAUUAGAUCCAACGGUUUGCAUAUGCAGAAGAAUGAGCUUCGAAAAGGGAUUAAUCCUCGCACUAGAGAUCAACAACUCGCAGAUCUGAAACAGUACAAGGGUAUAUCUCAUUAUGAAGGAGAUGAAGCAAACAACCACACAGCUCUUCCAUGUCCUGGUGAGUUACUAGUUGAGCAGCAUCACAGCAACUAUGGUGAACCUUGGGCAGGUGGGCGCGAUGUAUUCGAGUUCUUGGCUGAAUCAUCCAGUCUUAAACCAAACUCUCGUGUUUUAGAAAUUGGAUGUGGCACGUUACGUGUGGGUUUGCAUUUCAUCCGCUAUCUCAAUCCCCAACAUUUUCACUGCCUUGAAAAGGACGAACUUUCUCUAAUGGCUGCUUUAAGGUACGAGCUUCCAUCUCAAGGACUUCUACAUAAACGACCUCUUAUAGUCAGAGGCGAUGAUAUGGAAUUCAGCAAGUUUGGUUCAGAUACAACCUAUGAUCUGAUAUACGCAAGUGCAGUCUUUCUCCACAUGCCUGAUAAACUCGUGUGGACUGGACUCGAAAGACUAGUAGACAAGUUAAAGCCUUACGACGGGAGAAUCUUCGUGUCACAUAACGUAAAGUUUUGUUCGCGGUUAGGACAAGACAAGUGUUCGCAGAAGCUAGCAAGUUUAGGACUUGAGUAUCUUGGAAAACAAACACAUGAUAGCUUGCUGUUUAAUCACUACGAGAUCUGGUUCGGGUUUAGACGGUUCAAAACAUAAAGCCGGUUGAAGUAUUAUUCUGAGUGUAUUUCGGUUUUCUCUACACGCCAUUGCUCUCCAUUGUCGACUUUAAGGAGAUUUAGAGGUUGUUUUGGUGAACAAAGGGAAAGACUCUCUACAAAAGCUGUGAAUUAGAAAGAUUGUUCUGUAUCAGGUUAAUUUAAUUUUUGUGUUUGUGGUCAGAGAUACAUGUAUUGUUUAUAUACGGUAGUGGCCAAAUGAUAUAAGAGAUGAGGCUAGAUUCUUUUGUUUGUAACCAAAGACAAAUUCUUUUUUCAGAUUUUGUAAGUUGUUACCACUUGUUUGUUUUUCAGUAAUUUGAUAUAAAAUGUCAACAAUAAU